AUGGCUGCUCUCGCCCCGCGUUACCAGUACAGCCCCAUAGAUUCUGCAGGCGGCGAGAUUCGGCUCCUGACGAUAUGUUCGGGGACAUUCAACGCGCCGCUGGAUUUGCGCCUCGACAUCCGCCGCCGAGUACUCCCACAGCCUGGAACGGGGUCACCGCCCACUGCGCCGAGUUUUGAGGCUCUCUCGUACACCUGGGGCGCACAGAGCAAACCCGUGAAUAUCCAGAUCGGUAGCUGCCAGGAGCGCCUUUCGGUCACUCCCAAUCUCGCCACCGCGCUGCCAUUCUUGAGGCUCUCAGAUCGGGACAGAUUAGUCUGGAUUGAUGCAGUAUGUAUAGACCAGUCCAACCUCCAGGAGAGGGGUGUCCAGGUGCAGCUUAUGGCCGAGAUCUUUAGGCAGGCGGCGCAAGUCGUCUGCUGGGUUGGACUGGAGAGUGCGAACAGCAAGCUGGCGAUUCUGUCACGGGACCACGUGUUGCUCACGUGA